AUGGAGCUCCUUGCUGGCUUGAACCAUUUUGAUGAGAUCCUGGAAGAAGCAGAUGGUAUAAUUCUGUCAAGAGGAAACUUUGGAAUUGAUCUUCCACCUGAAAAGAAGUCUGCUCUGCACAAGUGCAACAUGGCUGGAAAGCCUGCUGUUGUUACUCAUGUUGUGGACAGUAUGACGGACAACCUAAGAAUUCUGCGGGUUGCUACUGCACAAAAGAAAAACCAGGAAUUGGACGGCUCUGACAGCGAUUCUGAUUAUUCAUCAGAUGAGGAUAAGGCCACUAAAAAACCAGUAGCCAAGAAAGUGGUAGAAUCCAGUGAAAGUUCUGAUUCUGACUCUGAGGAGGAUACCACUGCUAAACCAGUUAAGAAGAAUAAAGAAUCUAGUGAUAGCUCAGAUUCUGACUCAGAUUCAGAUUCUGAAGAAGAUACCAGUGCUAAAACAGUUUCUGUAAAGAAAGAAGAAUCUAGUGGUAGCUCAGAUAAUGACUCGGAUUCCGAUUCUGAUGAACCAGCAAAAUCUACUAUUCCUGCUAAGAGGCUUCUGACAACAGAGAAAAAGAGUGAACAUUCCAAGGAUGAUUCUGAUGAUAGUUCUGAUGAGAGUGAUGAAGAGCCUGCACUAAAGAAGCCUAAGGAAUUUUUGGUGUUUGCUUUUUCGUCUGAAGAUUUUGGUCUCUAAGGUUGCCAAGAAAGAAAGCAGUGGUGAUGAUGACAAUUCUGAAGAGAGCUCCAGCAGUGAUGAUGAAAA